ACAAAAAGAUCGGCAUUUUCGACACCGCACUCCGCUGGCCAACGAAAAAAUGGCAAUAAGCUUUCUCAAAAUCCAUGUCAAUUCGCUCAAGCAGAUGAAAUGGCAGCACCUGUUGGCUUUUUAGGUCUUGGAAUCAUGGGGUUCACCGAUGGAUCAAAAUCUCAUAAAAGCUGGCUGUGCUUUCUCAGUUGGAUGUUGCUUGUGGAGAGCAUGGAGCUGUGAAAGGAAUGAGUUCAGGAAAAGGGUAUUAUUUCCUUGUCUUUCUUUAUGAAAAACAUUUUGAAAAUGAGCGGUCAGCCCACUGUCAAGGAAAGAGGUACUAUGCAUAAAUCGGAGAUGUUCGUGAGUCCUAAUAUGAGGAUCAUAAAGCUCUAUUGAGGCGGGUUUUGGGGAUUUGAAUUGUGUCCAAGACUGGGGAUAUCUGGGUUCCACUUUGGAUUUCUCAUGUCAGAAAGGUGUUUUAUUGUAUCGUAUAUUUGAUCGAUUUAGAAGCUGUUUGGCUAGUUGGAAGUUGUUUUUUUUUUUAUCAUUUCCACGGAGAGUGGUUUUAGUCAAGCAUACUCUUUCCGCCAUUCCCACUUAUUUGUUCUAAGUCUUUCGGGUUCCGAAGUACUUUUGUGUGCGAAGUAUUAUCAUACUUUUAUGGGGUAAGGGUGAAGGCAAUGUUGUUUACUGGAAGAAGUGGAGGGAUUUGCGUAAGUCAAUGGGACUAGGUGGUCUUGGGCUAAGAGAUUCGAGUUGUUUUGACCAAGCUUUGGUUGCCAGCAAGCUUGGCGGUUGGUUAAUAACCCAGAUUCUUUGAUUGAGAAAGUUUUAUUUGGUAGAUAUUGUUGGUGGCAAUAGCUUAUGAAGUGCAGAGCUUCCUUGAGGAGUAUCCUUCGGGGGCGUGAUCUGCUUCUCAAGGGUGUUGGAUGGAGGGUAGGAGAUGGCUGUAAGAUCAGUGUUUUUGGGCAUGAGAGGAUUCCUUGUGCAUCUAAUCCUUAUUUGAUUUCUGGAGCUCCAAGUGGGAUUAACGACUUCAAGGUGAGAGAGCUUAUUGAUUCAGAGUCAUUGAGGUGGCACAAAUCUUUGAUUGAGGUUCUCUUUCAGUCAGAAGUGGUUUCUCAAAUUUUAGCAAUUCUUGUGUCGGGGGUGAAGAUUGAGAUGUUAUGUAUUGGACUCUAAGCAUGGGGAUUUCUUGGUUAAAUCGUCAUGCUUUUUAGCUGUCAUGGCCAGUGGGUUGUCGUUGCAGGUUGGAUGAUUUUGGUCUAUGGAAGAAAGUUCGGGGGCUUAAUCUCCCUUCAAAGUUUGCUCUGCUUUUAUGGAAGGUUUUUCAACGGAUUCUGCUUGUCAGAGACAUUAAUGUUCGAAGGAGUUUACAAGUUGAUUCUAGCUGCCCGGAGUGUGGGAAUGCUUCAGAAACUAUAGAGCAUGUGUUCUUGAUAUCGAGGUGGCUAGGAGACUGUGGAGGGCCUCAAAUCUGAUUGGUUUUCUAACUGGAUUAGAGAAUCUCCGGAUAUUUGAAAAUUUUGGGAGGCUACGUGCAUUUUGGGGGUUAUUUGGUGCAGGCGGAAGAGAGUUUUGUUUCAAGGGAUUCAUAGCUCUGUCCAAGAGAGUUUGCAGGAGAUUCGUAGGCUUUUAAGGCAGCUAAAGGAGGUUCAGAGCAGGUUUCCUAAGGGUUUUCCAGGAGUUAAUGUUGUUGCGAAGUGUAACUGAGCUGUGUUCUCAAGUGUUGGGGAGGAUGUCAGUACUGUAACUCCUAGGAUGGCUGUGGACAGGGCUUGCUGUCCAAAUACUUGGAAAGAGGCAACCGCUUGAUGCGCAUUCUCUCAAAAUGGCUUCAUUCGGAUUAAGGUAUCUCUAUUGGCUUUGCGUCUUCAGCUUCUAUGGUCAAAGCAAUGGCAAUCUUGAGGCUUUGCAAUAGGCUAUAAGGAUGGGCGUCCACAGACUGUGUUAUGGUGGUGCACAACCUGGCGGGGGGCGUCUAAGGUGGAUGCUUUUGUUAAGUUUAUUUCAGAAGAGAGUGUGGAUUGGAUUUGAUAAGAAAGCUUUUACUUCUAGAAGCCUCUGGAUCUGGAGCUGUGCACAAAUUGCUCAAUUGACACAGCAAGGCAGUAGACAGCCCUUGUUACUCGAUCUCUUGGUGAGUGGUUCUUGCCGUAAUUGGUCUACAGUACAGCUUAUUCACUCAGUUUAAUUUUAUUCAUGCGGUUCGGGAAGACAUGUAUUUGUCAUUGCUAGCAUUAUUUUUUGAGAGGUCAACAUACAUUACAGGCAUUAUUCAAGAAUGUGUAGAGAAUUGCCUUCAGGCUGAAAUAGUGAAAUGGAUAUUUCUGCACGUGUGGUGUAGGAAAACAAAACGUUACUACAACGGAUCCUUAGAUAAUAUUUGGGAACUUCUGGCGAAGAUGAAAUAAGAAGCAUGUUUUAAGUUUUUAAAUUUUGGCGUGGAUGGCUUUGGGAUCUUUCCAUUGAAUCCAGAGAAAGAUAUUGAAAAUUUUUGGUACACAGAGGGAGGAUAGAUUUGAAUGUGUCACUGACUUGGUCUCCAACCCUUCCAACAACACACAUAUUGUGGGGCUUAGUUUUCUGGUGGGGGAGGGUUGGUUUCAGUGUGUUUCCACUAGUAGAAAUUGAUUUCACUAGUGCGAAAACUCGCAUGAUUUGCUCUGAUUGAAUUGGAUUGUGAACCAGAUUUUUCCGCAUUUUAGCCUAGUUUGUCAUUUUAAACGUAGUGGAAUUACUUGACCUUAAAUCUCUGGCACAGUGAUGGUUUGGUAGAAAGCUAGUUAAUCUCAAUGCUUUUUAGUGAUUGAGGUGUGCUGGAAUCCCAUCAGCAGAGUCAAUCCUUACCAACUCUGUUGGAGAUGAACUUUUGUUGUAGAACAUCAUAGAGAGAGAGAGAGAGAGAGAGAGAGAGAGAGAGAGAGAGAGAGUACAGUCCAAAAGCUGGGAAGAAGAGAAGAAGGGAGGGGAGAGAGAAUAUAUUCUUGUUCUUUCUUCAGAAACAUCAAAUGCCCAUGUUCUGCUCUUUCAUUGGUAUUCUCUUAAAAAAAUAAAAAAACAAAAUGCUACGCAGAAUGUUUCAGUGUAGUAGGCCCACAAAAUCCACAAUCCACAUGACCCUUUUUUAUUGCCCCUACCUCUCACAGUCUCACUUUGUCUCUUCCUCUCAGCUUGGAGACCAGAAAAAGUGAUUUCUGAAAAACGCAUUUAUUCAUUUUGAUUCUCAGAGCUCAAAUAUCUCAAUUUUCCUUGGAAGAAAGAAACUUUAUAGCCAAGACCACCCAUCGGCUCAUUUUCUCACCCUUCAAAGAGCUCUUGAGCAUUACCAAUGGCAGAUCCAUUGGGACCAGACACCAUUUUUGAAGAAAGAGAAGAUCUUAUGGUUUCACCCACAGGUGGAACUCCAACUCUAAGAGUUGCCCACUUUCUCAAACCUUCCAUUAGUGGACCCAACCAGAAGCCACCUCCUUCGAUUUCUCUGUCCUCUAAGGAACCUAAAUGGCUAGCAAACGUGGCCUUCGAAGGGUGGAGAGACCCACAGAGGAAGUGGAAAGAUUGGGUUGAUCGCAUGCACACUAUGUACCAGUCUGUAUGGAAAGAAACCGGAAUAUAUGAAGCUGUUAUGGCUUCAACUUACACCAUUCGAAGAAACGAUGACUUGAUCUUUGGAGUUACAGAGAGGUGGUGUAGUGAGACUAACUCAUUUAUAUUCCCUUGGGGUGAAGCCACUAUCACAUUGGAAGAUAUGAUGGUUUUGGGUGGGUAUUCUGUUUUGGGUCAUGCCCUUCAUGCUUCAUUGCUUAAUUUAGAUACUACUGUGGAGAUGCGUGAAAUUGAAGAAUAUUUGGAUAAAGAAAGGAAACAACUGAUAAAAUCCAAAGCACAAAAGGCCACACACUUCGGAUGGAUUAAUCAUUUUAUGGGUAGCGGCUGUGAAUUCGAGCACGAGGCAUUUCUUUCCCUGUGGUUGUCAAGGUAUGUUUUCGCAGGAUAUGUUCACGAUUCAAUUUGCAAGGAUCUUUUUCCAAUUGGAAUUCGCCUUGCUAGAGGAACUAGGAUUGCGCUUGCACCAGCUGUUCUUGCAAGCCUUUAUAGGGACUUGGGUUUGUUGAAAAAGGUGAUGAUUAGCUCAAAUUCAGACGGUUCUCUAUCACCACUCAUCCUUCGGGCACCAUUACGAUUAGUCCAAAUCUGGGUUUGGGAAAGGUUUCCACCACCUCUUCGGCGAAAUCCCAAUUCCGUUGGUCCUGGUGAGUCGAGAAUGGCUCGAUGGCACAAUAAACAGAAAUUUUAUAUCACGGAUGUGAGAUCUGCUGUAGACUCUGCUGGAAAGAGCUUUAAGUGGUGCCCGUAUGUGAUGGUUUUGGACAACUUAUCACGUCCUAUAUUCUCUGUAGAAAAAGAAGAGUGGGUAUCUGUUGGUCUUGAUUUGAACGAGGAAAUAGAGUCAUUUGCCCGCUGUUUGAGGGUUUGUGACCUUGUUGGGAUAGAUUGCACGGAGCAGUACCUCCAUCACCGAGUUGCAAUGCAAUUUGGAUUUGAUCAAGAUAUUCCUGGAUCGGUUUCAAGUUCUUCUUCGAAUCCAGAAACUGCAUGGAAAAAUUACAGCAGGCCUAUUGGUGAUCUGAAUUUUGUCAUACUAUCUAGGCUUUUUGAGUCACAUGUAACUACUCGUUACUUGGAAUGGAGGAAGAAAUCAUCAGUCUCUACUAAUCAAGGUGUGGGAGGUACUCAUGCUGAGGUUUCUCUCAAUGCCCUUAGGGUGAAAACAAAGAGAACAAAUUCUGACAAAUUUCCUUCCAAAUGUCGGAGAGCGGAAGUGAAAGGAGGCCCUAACAAUACUAAGGACGCAAACAAAAACAAGCAUCUUGGUGAUGGAGGAAAGCCUACCGGUAAUGAUAACCCUUUGGUGUCGGGAAAAUCUGAAUGUUUAUCGCCUUCAAACACAGAUUCUGGAAAGGCUGAAUUGGUAGUGAAGGCAGUGACAGAAGGGAUUCAGGAGAGUGAAGUUGCAAAGGGAGUAACAGAAACAGUCGGAGGCGAUGGAGCUGAUAGCAGACAUGGACGAGGGAGAACUAACUCUAUCUGGUUUGAAAGUGCGGCAUUUGAACUCGAAGCUCGGAUUAGCAAGUUGGAGAAAAUAGUUGCUGGACUUAAAGCAUCGAGAUUUGGCAACGGGGUUGUGUAAAAAACUAACAUUUCUAUCUGGCAAGAAGCAGUUCAAUGUAUACAUGUUAUGCUUUC